UCAUUUAAAUUUAAUUUAGCAGACUUUUAUACAAAGCGACAUAUAAUAGUGGAUGUAUGAAGUGCUGCAGAUAAUCAAGGACCAAAAGUGCCUGGUUGUAACAGUUUUACUGUAGUUGAUGCCAAGGAACAGUAUCUGUUCCCUGUGUGCGUGUGUACAGACAGGAGGAAGAGAACAAAUAAAAUACCAGUGAACACAUUUUCCAUAAUCAAAAACAAAUCUACGGGAUAUUUCUGCUUGGCUCUGAGCAUUCUCCACAGCCAUUGAGAAGUCUGACUGGUCUGGCUAGUCGGUUCUCAGAAAUCGUGGGCACAAUUACAUGAAGGACACAUGGCAGAGGCCGGACAACACAAUGAGUUUAAACUCAGGGUACCAGAGAGGUUUGUGGUGGCUGAUAGGGGAAAGGAUGUUACCCUCUCAUGUCACCUCUCUCCUGAGACCAGCGCUGCCGCCAUGACGAUCAGGUGGUUUAAGGAGAAAGAGUGUAUUUACCUGUAUAAGAACGGCCAGGUGAUAGAGGGGAGGGGCUAUGAGGGCAGAGUGAGUCUGGACACCCAGGAGCUGAAGAGAGGCAACGUGUCUCUGAGGCUGAGAGACUACAGGAAGUCAGAUGAAGGAGUGCACAUCUGUCAGGUCACCUCUGGAGGACAGAAGGUGGAGGAUACUGUGGGUCUAUGGAACAGACGUGUUUGGGGACUAGGUGAGUAAUUUCAUAUAUCUGUUUCAUGACAUACAACAUCAUGGGUUAAGAAUGUUCCAAUAUAUUUCAGACACUGAAGAUAACACUGCUAUUGUUUUCUUUUAAAUGUCAUGGUGCCAUUAUUGAAAUAUCUGAAAACCGUCUCUUCAUGGUCAAACCUGUGAGCAGAGAUACACUCACAGUAUUAUUCAUAUGUAUCCCAUAAUGAGCUUUGCUCCUAAGCUGUACUUGAACCUGCUCCAAGGUACAACACCACAUAGAGAAGGACUCUAAUAAGGAGAGGAUGAAUACAAUGUGUUAUAAACUCUCAAAUUUAAGAUAUUUGGCAAAACAAGUGUGUAUUUAGGUUAACCUUUAACAUGUAUUGAAAUAUGCUAUCAUGUUCUGAUCAGUUUAGAGGGAACUUUGACCGAGCUGCAGUUUGAAAGACAGUGGAUUAACCGGUAUAAGAAUGGCCAGGUGAUAGAGGGGAGGGGCUAUGAGGGCAGAGUGAGUCUGGUCACCAGGGGCGUCAUUAGACACUUUUUACAGGGGCAGUAUAUUUCUGCUGUGCCCCAGUAAAAUCAAAAGUUAGAGUUUUAACAAUUUACCUUAUCAGUCAGUGCAUUAAAUUAGAUUGAUAAUCCCAGAAAAAAAUUAAGCAGUAUCCCAAUCAACGCUUGUAAAAUCAAAGCAGUUUAACCGAAAACACAAACCGAUGCAAGCAGAAUUCCAUAUCAGCACGAUCUUGUGAGCUUGACAAAUAGCCACUGCGGCACGCACACAGAAGUCCACGUGUCGGACUCGGCACACAAGUCAGAAUUGAGGUAGCCUAGAAAACAUUAGAAUACUAAAGAACGUUUCUAAAUUAUAGGCCUACCGAUCAUCUUAUUUUGACUAAAACAUAAAAACAAUAUUACAAAUUACAAAAAACUGUAUUUGCCCUCAAAUGAAUGCAAACCAAAUGUGUGCGCUGACAUUAUCUAUUGAUGUCCCUGCCAAAAAACGAACUUGCGUCCCUGAACUGUUGUAUAGUGGGUUAGCAAUGGGAGUUUCUAUAGCCGAGUAGUGCAUUGUGUGCAGCACGCUUGGAAGAAAAAAAAGGAAUAUGAGUAGAGUAGAGUUUUAUUUCUAACAACGCCCCUACUAGUCUCCCGGGAGCUGGAGAGACGCAACUUGUCUCGAAGGCUGAGAGAGUACAGGAGGUCAGAUAGAGGAGGGGACAUUUGUCAGGUCAUCUAUAUGUGGGGGAAUAUGCCCUAGGGAGUGUCAUUGUUCUGCAGUUACAGAACAUGAUUAUGCACAUCUCUACAUUAACUAUGACAACACAGUCUCUCUGCAUACAGAUACAAUUAUACUUUAACAUUUAGUAGGAGUGAGAGCAUUCAAUGUUUUUUGACUCUCAUCUCGUUAUGCUGCCUAUUCUAGCCACUCUGUACUCUCAGCUUGUUUAAAUCCACAGUGUUUGAACAGACAGGCUCACACCACUUAGCAGUGAUACAUAUUAGUGAAGAAUGCGUGAACUAACGUGACACUCCAUAGCUUACACUGAUGUCACAACCAUGCUAUUGGGAGGUGUCAACCAGUCAGACAAGUUGUGGGAAUGAGGGCGUCAAAAGUAUUCAUUCAAGGGAAUCAGUACUGUAUGGAAUGUGAAUGUUUGCAUGUGGUGCAAGGUCUGAACCAAGAAUGAGGGUUGCCAGAAACAAUGAUCACUGUUGUGAUGAAGGAGAGAGAUCUCCUGGAGAGGUCCAGCUUAUAUAGGUGCAGCACAGAUGUUCCCCAUCAGUGAUCAUGGCUCCUCCCCCUGCCUGCCAUCCUGGAACUGAAACAAACACACAGAAACAGCAGACAGGGAGAGGAGACCGUAACACUGAUACAUGUUAAUGUUGUUGACUGUUAACAUUGAGCAUUUGCUCUAUAGAGCAGCAUUGUAUCCUUACUAUUUGUCUAUCUGGUUACAUAAUCAUGUUAUUCCUCAUCAUUGAUUAACAUCAACACUCACUGAUAGUUUAUUGAUAUGUUCUGUGUUGAUUACGUUUUAACUUUUUAUUCUCUAUCCUUCAACACAGUUUUUUUUCCAGCAUCAACUCAGUUAGAAGCUGAACAGUAUUUACAAAGGGAGAGCCCAGAGGACACGAGGAAAAGAAAGGAAUCUGCUCGUUGUCUUGAAAUACAGCUAGAAUACAAACAUCCAGAGGACAUUCACAGAUUAAUAAAGAAUCUGGAGGACAAAGAUCGACACCUAGAGGAGAAAGAGACACAACUGGAUCAAAUGACCCAGCAGGUGAAAGAGAAGGAGGAGCUUAGAAAAGACCUGCUGGACAAGAACAACCAAGUAAAGCAACUCACAGUCCAACUGCAGGAGAAAGACUCUGAACUGGAAAAGAGGAAUCAGAGACUGAGAGAGAAGGAGGGAGAAUUAGAAGAGAGAGACCAACAACUGAAGAGACUAGAGAGUAAAGUUAAAGAGACACAGAAGAAACUGCAAGAGAAGGACAAACAACUGGGAGAGAGAGAUACACUGCUGAAGGAGAGAGACAGACAUAUGGAAGAUGUCAAAAAUAAAAACAAUAAACUUGCCUUCCUUUUGCAGCCGCUGUCUGUGCGCCAAGCCUUGCUGAACACGUACAGGAAUCGCAGGCCGCAGAACUGCUUUACUCAAAGCUGGACAGUAUUUACAAAGGCAGAGCCCGGAGGCCAAGAGGAGAAGAGAGGAAUCUGAUUAUUGUCUUGGGAGCCAUGAAAUUGAUCAGAAGCAGUGGACCAAAAGUCUUCAUGACAUCCUGGAUGAACUCGUUAAAGACCAUAUAAAAAAAUUCAAGUUACAUUUAGAAACUGGAUAUAAAGACAAGAAAGGGAUCCCAGCUGGAGCACUUGAAAACAUUGACACAGUGACGCUGGUGAAGCUAUUACUACAAUACUUCGGAGUAAAUGACUCUGUCAUAAUGACGAGGGAUGCCCUGAAAAGCAUACCCCGCAACGACCUGCAAGACCUGCUGAUACCCUUUCUCAGCAAACUAGGAGAAACAUGGUGAUGGACUGAAGUAAUGAAAGUCAUUCUAAUGAACUGUUCUCAGGACUGCAUGAUGGACUGCAUGAUCUUCAUAAAUACCAGAUUUAAUACCAUAUUUUAUGGCAAAUGAUUACAUUGAAAGAAUGUUAUUGAGCAAUCAUUACAAACCUUUUGGUGUUGCUGUUUUAGAAUGUUGCCGUUUUAAUAAUUUGCAUGUGUUCAUUCUACUUCUGGUGUCACUGCUUGUACAGUGGCCAUGUACACAAUUAAUACUUUUUAUCACAACACUUUUUCUUGUAUACAUGGACCGAUGAGCUUAUCAUGUUUCCACUGUCUGAAUAGUGUCUGUGUUCUGUCUAAAGAUCCUUAUAGGGCUGCCGCGAUUCGUCGACGUAAUCGACGAUGAAAAUGCGUCGACAUCAAUAUUUUAAAUUACGCAUUUUUUUUUAAAUUUUUUUUAUAAAAAAAUACAAAAAACGCUUCAAUUAAUUAUCCAUCUUAUUCUUAGGGGGUCUACUAUAGAAAUUAUGGGUGCAGCUUCCGGUGAGUAGCGGAAGUUGCGGUUUGCUAUACGUUAGUCCCAGCCAGCCGUCAACAAUGAUUCUUUCUAAAGUAAUUUCAACUAUAAUUUCACAAAACCUUUUAUUUUUUGGGGAGGAAAAUUAAUUGUUUUGAUUAAUCGACUAAUCGGAAAAAUAGUCGUUAGUGGCAGCCCUAUAUCCUAAAAGAGCCUUCGUUUGAAUGAACCAUGGAGAAAUAAUGGAUAAAAUUGCUUACUAGAUAAAAUGCGUAUUUGCAUAUGAUGUGUUAGAAAUUGCUUGCAAAUGUGUGUUGCAUAAGGAUGUGUUAGAAAUUACUUGCAUAUGUGGUUUUAGAACCCUUUUCCAUUUUUAUUAUCGGUAGCAAUUGCUUGCCGAUGUGUAUACUAGAUAAGAUGUGUCAUAACUACUUGCUAGAGUUUGAGACAGAGUGUGUCUGUAUAACAGUUAGAAAAUGUUUGCAUAGGAUGUGGUAAAAACGGCUUGCUGAGAGAAACCACUGGAAUCUAUAGGUUGCUUAGGAGACAAGGUGUAUUGGCAACUUCUUGUGUAGAAGUACGCACGUUAUCUUGAUACAUGCAUCGUGUCCCUUACCCAAAUUUAGAGAGACGUGUCUAGUUUUCCUAUGCAUAGAAAAGGGUGCCCAGCAUGACCCAAAUUAAGCAUAUAGAAAUGAUGUGUGUUAAUGAAAACCACAUUCGCAUACACAGUUCGUUCAGUUCACAGUUGAGUACAGUACAUUUGGAUUACAUUCAGACGGUGUUGCUCUCUAUCACUCUCUAGCUUUCGCAGCAUAGGCUCUUACACUCUUUUUUACUUGGAUACUUAGACUUAGAAGAAAGAGGCAUUGUAUUGGUUUUUAUUUUAUUUUUACAUAUCAAAUAAAGUUAAGUAAAUAAAGUAAGUUAAAAGACAGUCGUUGUCUGUCCUCACUUGGCCCUCCUCCAGAUCCAGGGGACACACCAACACAAAGACCCCAUCUAGCAGUAAGGAGCUGGAGAAGGUGUUCAUCAUGAACCAAUACCUCCUCCAGUACCUUAGGGACUGUCCCAAGGCAAACUAGGCUCUGAACAAACAGCUCAUCGCCCUCAAAUCCUCCGUCCAGCUCUCCCCCGAGACAGAGCAGGCUGUGGUGAAGUGCAAAACUGCUGGGCUGGAGCCAAUGUUACUUGAAUGGGUUCUGCAAGUGGAGCCUGCACUCUUUAAUAGUGUGCAGAACGUCUACCGUCCCCACCAAGAGGUGGACCCAGCGAGGAUAAAGAUCUUUAAGUCGAACAUGGCUGUCCUGGAGGAUGUGAAGGUGUACUUGGAGGAAGAUGACUUUGCUGUGGUGGUGGGGAGGAUAGAGUGAUUCUGUCUCCAGAUACCAAGCCAUCUUUGAGCGAAGCCUGUGCAGCCCAGUUGCUCUGGAGAUUGGGUCGGACCUGAUCCUGUCCAGCUUGUCAUCAGACACUGGAGGAAGCUGCAACCACGGUUCUGAAGGACUUGUGCUGGUUCACUGAGCCACUAGAGGGAGCUUUGGGACAACCUCCAGCACUGGACAGGCUGAAGGAAGCCCUAAGAAAAGCCCAGGGUUAAGACAAUGUCACAGGACCCAGGGUGGUGGUCAAAUACCAGCAGCCAAGCCCUGCCGUUGGAGGUCCAUAUGAUAGAACAGGAGGGUCGCACAACCCAGACCAUAUAUGGUUGGGAAAACCAGGCAGCCCAGGCCACCAGAUCUGGGUCUUCUUGGAACAGCUUACAGCUUCAGCCCACAACCCCUAGACAGAGGAGCACCAUGCCUGUGAUUGAGCAAGGGGCACGAUCCAGUACAACCUCCUUCCCAGGACGUGUUUUUGAUGUCAAUGAGUAGGUCCAUCCACAGACCACAGCCUCCAGUUGGGAGUGGGGAGGCUGAACCUUCCAGCAGCCAGAUGGCACCUGUAAGCCAUCCCCAGGAAUACCGGGAGGAUUCAGUGGGAUACUCCAGGCAGGGUGACGCAGUGAGGGUGACCAUGAGGGAGGAGAGUGUGGAGGUGGUCCAGGGGGACUCGGUGACCCUGCCCUGCUCCUUCUUCACCAUGAGCCCCCUGUCCAGACUCAACAUCAUCUGGACACUGGCUCCUUUCUCCCACCCAGACUCUCCCUCCCAGGUGAUUGUUUACGACCACGGUCAGGUGAUUGAGGACCCCUCCCUCACUGGUAGGGUGGGCUUUGCGGGCAUCCCUUGGAGCGCCGAUAUCGUGCUGAACGACACGCGCGUGUCAGAUGCCGGAACCUACCGUUGCGUGGUGAGCAACCCGCCCGAGACUGGCGACCCUGGCAUCGGAGAGCUGGCCCUCAGCGUCCUGGCACCUCCAUCUCUGCCCCUGUGCCUAUGGGACGGAUACACUGGUGUGGGGGGCACGGUCACUCUGUCCUGCAUGGUGGCCGAGGGGGUCCCCACCCCAGAAAUGAGGUGGCACAAGCUCCAACCAGAAGAGAUCUCUCUACCCAUGAACAUGGACGGGGAUCUCUCAGGGUCCGUCCAGAUGGUCAACGUGUCGGCUCAGAACUCGGGGCUGUAUCGUUGCUCCGUCACCAACCUGCUGGGGACCCAGAACUGCUACAUCAACCUGUCGGUGUACAGCCCUCCGGAACGUUCCCCAGGGAUCCUGCAGGCGGUGCUGCUGACCCUGUCCAUGGCCUUGGUCCUCGCGGCCCUGACGGUGCUGGUGCUGUGGCUCCACCGCUCCAGCCGCGAGAGGAAGUGGACGGACGGGGAGGAAGAGGAGUGUUACAACGAGAUAAGGUACACGCCCUCGUUGAUGAAACGCUCGUUUGUCUGAGCUCGCCAUCCACGGACGGAGGACAAGCGCAGACGGACUGCGAUAGCGAGCCACCCCCACCGGCCGUGGAGACCCGCCGAAUUUGGCGGAACAUUCUAACCAUGUUCUGGAAAGAGAGGUCUAGAAUAAGCUGCAUGCGUGCGAACCGUGCCUUUUACUCCUCGCUGUGCCCAUUUUGAAUCACACCUGUUAAAUAAAGGUGUCAUUGUCUGAAAUAACCGUUUGUGCUUCUUUAAAGAACAGUAAUUGCAGG